AUGUCUCCGGAGAACAGCGAUGUCGGGCAAGAAACCGUGACCCGCCCUGAGGCCGAAGAGCCGACGAAAAACGACAGCAGAAGCAGCAGCAGCAGCAGCCGCAGCAGCAACCAGAACCAUGACGUACCGCAGAGCUCGACAGGGACUGGCCAGACUAAAUGCUCGAUCUGCCAAAGCACGUUUAGAAGGCCAGAGCAUUUAAAGCGCCACUUUCGCAGUCACACAAAGGAAAAGCCGUUUGAGUGUGCGCAGUGCGGCCGGCAUUUCUCCAGAACGGAUACUCUUCAUCGUCACGAACUCAGUCAUCAUAAUGCUGGAAUGGAAGGGGGAAAGGAUCGUACGCACCGGAUCACCGUCAAAACCUUCCGCGCUUGUUACAAAUGCGCUAUCGCAAGGGUGCGAUGCAGUGGGGGCUCGCCGUGCGCACGUUGCGAGAGUCGAUCCCUGGAAUGUCAGUAUCCGACCGAGAGACGAUCAAAAGCGAAGACUCGAAAGGAGACUCAGCCCUCUUUUACAAACGACGACGCAUCGUACGAUCAAUCUUCUCAUCUGGCUCAGUCCACGUGGGCAAAUGGUACCGACUUGCGUCCGUCACGCAAUGGAGAACAAUCAAUCCCGCCGCCCUUUCAUUACCAGAUGACACAGUUUCAGCUACAAAUGCCCAUAUCUAAUGCUUCCAACGCAGUCUCAUCUAACUUGUCCGCAAAUAACAAUAAUAUAGAGCCAGAAAAUAAACAUUUGGAUGAAACCAGGACAAAUGGACAAGCUCUCGGCGCCGAGGACAAUUCUACUUCACUAUCUUUGCACGAUUCUACUAGAGAGGUCAAGAAGAUGCGGGUCCCUUCUGUGCAGAAUGGUACCGUGGGAACACAAGGAUUGUACUCACAAAUCGCAACAUCGACCGAAGACAUGGCAGAACCCGCUCAUCGAACUGAGGGGCUCCAGUCAGCCAAAGGCUCUGAUGGCAUUGCAACAAUGCCAACAGUGGGAAGUCAGCAGGUACCAAUGGAACUCAUACAACCUCUACUUAAUCAGACCACUGUUCCUACGAUCAACUGGCUCCCGCAGGAUCUCGCUAAUGCGUCUAACGACCGUCGUCAUUCAAUAAACACCUACCAAAAGACCUCCGGAAUUCUGGAUACCUCCCUUAGUCAAGCUCCGUGGUAUCAAUCCGUCAUACAUGGUACUGAGAGUAGCUCAUUGGUGUCGGAGAAUGUAUCUCAAACACCAUCUGGGUACACGUCUCUAGGUGGUAACACUGAAAGCCCAAGCCAGUCAUCACAUCUGAAUAGGCGUGUCAGAAAUCACUCAGUGGAUGGUGCUCUUCCGAAUUCAUCGAGUUCUAGACUGAAUCAAGACUCUUGGUCUCUGUUAUGUGCUGCUUCUGCGAAUGCGUCUUUACAGCUGCAGCAAGCAGAUACGCGGCGUCAAUACUUGUUCCCUCAAUUUCCAAAGCCAAGGGUCCACGCCACAAACGAGAAUCAUUAUGACCAUCAUCACACACUUGGACCACCGACAUAUGAGAGGAUACGAAGUGCAUUCAUUCAAUUGUGCUGCGCGGAGAGUAUACUGUAUCCAAAGUUUGAAUCCGAUCACCUGCCUGAUGCGGAAACACUGUCAAGCUUUAUUAAUCUAUACUUCGUGCAUUUCCAGCAUGUUUACCCAAUAUUUCACACCCCUACAUUUGAUAUCAACGAGUGCCAUUGGCUAGUGGUGCUAGCUCUCUCAGCAAUAGGCUGCCAUUUUGCUGGUUCCCAAGAACAAAGCGAGUGUGCGCCGGUGUUUCAUGAGUUUCUUAGACGCGCUAUAAGUGUUGAGGAAGAGAAGUAUUAUGUCGAUCGUGCACCCGUGUGGCUUCUUCAAGCAUCAGUACUCAACUGUGUUGGGAUACUAUACAGUUGUGAUGAACGGGCUAGGCUUUUGGCGCUGAAUACGUUUGGCAACUUGAUAGGCUUUGUGAACCGCGAGAAACUUCUUAGUCGUCCGGACAGACCCAUACAACCCCUAAACGGGAAGACGAACGAGCAGCACUGGCUGUCCUGGGUCGAGGACGAGAUCAGAAGACGCAUAGGCUACCUGAUUUGGCUUCUGGAUUGCACAAUAGCAUACCAAUUUGACAGGCGCCCUCUGCUCUCUCUUGACGAAAGCCAAGCAACGCUGCCUUCCCACGAGGCACUUUGGGCGGCAAAAUCCCUAGAGGCCUGGAAAGACGUACGGGGAAGGAUGUCAGACCAGAAGGAAUCCUCCCUUUACGAUGCGGUUCUUGUAAUGUACAUCGAGAAGGAGCUAGUACCUGAUAUCGGGGAGUUUAGUCAGCUUCUUCUCAUUCACGCGCUAUACCACCGUAUGUGGGAAGUGGGAGACUACUUCCGCCGCCCCUUGUCCUUCUGGAACCCAACCUCGAAAAAGCAGUCACGGCAUUCUGCACUCCCGUCUGGCUCCGUCUGGCUGCCUGGUAUUCCAUCUUAUUCCAAGUGGCGGAACAGUGCGUGUGACUGCCUGGAUAUACUUCAUUGGGCUGCUGGCAGCACCGUAGCCAGGACCGCUGGCCUUGAACAUCCCACAAUCUUGCAUCUCCAUUUGGCCCGCAUAAUCCUCCUUGCUCCGUUUCGUGAAAUACGGUCACUCGCCACAUCUUUGGCGAUGGAAGAGUCCCGUUGGUGUGAACGUGAACAGACCCUUGAAUGGCACUAUAUACUACGCUGGGUCAAACAUGACCAGUACAAGGCUCGCCUGGCAGUUGUACACGCCGGUGCAAUGCUAAGACAUGCACGCGAUUUCUCAAGUCGUUCUUUCCAUGAGCCAGUCGCUGUCUUCCUGGCAACACUAGUUCUGUGGGCAUAUGGCGCAUGCUAUACCUCCUUAUCUGACAUGACGAGCCGCCAUGAGGCAAGCCACGGCAUGCCGGAAAAGCCUCUGUUCAUUCAUCUCGACAGACCCUGCGAUGAUGAAUUAGCCCAACUUUUCGUGCGCGAAGGCCAAGGAAUGAAAGCGGUUCUGACCGGAGUUGGGGAUGUAUGUGCUCCGCAAGGACCAGAGGAGACCCUCAAAGCUGGCUGCCUGAUCCUUGCCGGCCUUUCGUCGUGGGGGAUCUCCAAACGAUUUACCGCGAUCUUGGGCAAGCUUUCUGAAAUAACAUCCAAGUCGUAG